AUGACCAUGUUUGAAAAUGUCACCCGGGCCCUGACCAGACAACUAAACCCUCGAGGGGACCUGACGCCCCUGGACAGCCUCAUAGACUUCAAGCGCUUCCAUCCCUUCUGCCUGGUGCUGAGGAAGCGGAAGAGCACCCUCUUCUGGGGUGCCCGGUACAUCCGCACCGACUACACCCUCCUGGACAUUCUGGAACCUGGCAGCUCUCCUUCAGACCCAACAGAUUCGGGGAACUUUGGCUUUAAGAAUAUGCUGGAUGCCCGAGUGGAGGGAGAGGUGGACGUGCCAAAGACGGUCAAGGUGAAGGGGACGGCUGGCCUGUCCCAGAACAGCACCCUGGAGGUCCAGACGCUGAGUGUGGCGCCCAAGGCUCUGGAGACCUUGCACCAGGAGCGGAAGCUGAUGGCAGAGCACCCAUUCCUGGAGGAGAUGCGAAGCCGAGGAGAGAACCUGUACGUGGUGAUGGAAGUGGUGGAGACUGUGCAGGAGGUGACCCUGGAGAGAGCUGGCAAGGCCGAAGGCUGCUUCUCCCUCCCAUUCUUUGCCCCGUUGGGGUUACAGGGAUCCGUAAACCACAAGGAGGCUGUCACCAUCCCCAAGGGCUGCAUCCUGGCAUUUCGAGUGAGACAGCUGAUGGUCAAAGGCAAAGAUGAGUGGGAUAUCCCACACAUCUACAAUGAUAACAUGCACACCUUCCCUCCUGGAGAAAAGCCAGAAGAUGAGAAGUUCACCCUUAUCCAGGCAUCUGAUGUUGGAGUGGUACACGAGGACUUCAGGACCCUAAAAGAAGAGGUUCAAAGGGAGACCCGGGAAGUGGAGAAACUGAGCCCAGAAGGGAAGAGCUCCCUGCUCGGCUCCCUCAGCAAACUCCUAGGGAAGAAAAAGGAGCUACAAGACCUGGAGCUCACGCUUGAAGGAGCUCUAGGCAAAGGACAUGAAGAGACCCUGGAGGCACUCCCAAAGAAUGUCCUGCUAUCAAAGGAGGCUAUGGAUGCCAUCCUCUAUUUCCUUGGAGCCCUAACAGAGCUAAAUGAAGCCCAACAGAAGCUGCUGGUAAAAUCCAUGGAGAAAAAUAUCCUACCAGUGCAGCUAAAGCUGGUGGAGAGCACAAUGGAACAGAAUUUCCUCCAGGAUAAAGAGGGUGUUUUCCCCCUGCCACCUGAGCUGCUUUCCUCCCUUGGGGAAGAGGAACUGACGCUCACAGAGGCCCUGGUGGGGCUGAGUGGCCUGGAAGUGCAGAGAUCGGGCCCCCAGUACGCGUGGGACCCAGACACCCUCCCCCGCCUCUGCGCCCUGUAUGCCGGCCUCUCCCUCCUGCAGCUACUGACCAAGGCCUCCUAACUGGACUUUUCUAUUCAACUCCUGCUUCCUUAAUGCCUUCCCUACCUCGCUGUACCCUGCACGGACACCCAAGGGCAUUUCAGAAC